ACAAUAGAGGAAAAUGAUCUCACGAGUCACGAACAUAUAUAAAAAGCAUCAACCAUGACAUAAACUCUGUAUCUAGCUAGGAAACCUCUUGUUCCCUCACAUAUAUAUGACAAUGGUUUAUCCCCCAUCAUUUCCUCCAUGCUUUGUAACAAUCAUUUGUCUCAUGCUUCUUCCUUCACACCUCUCAGCCAACAUUGAUAGAGGGUUCAGUGUUAACCUCAUUCGAAAAAACUCUCCCCAUGUCCUCCCUCUAGACACUCCACAAGCCUCAAUAAAUGCUUACCUUGGUCAUUAUCUCAUGGAGCUCUCCAUUGGAACUCCACCAUUUCCCAUUUAUGCCAUUGCAGACACAGGCAGUGACCUCACGUGGACCCAAUGCGUCCCAUGCAACAACUGCUAUAAACAACGUAACCCCUUGUUCAAUCCUCACAAGUCUUCCUCGUACACAAAUAUAUCAUGUCAAUCAGAUCUAUGUCACAAAAUUGACACGGGCGUGUGUUCUCCUCAGAACCUUUGCAAUUACACAUAUGCAUACGCGUCUGCUGCUAUUACACAAGGUGUUUUGGCGCAGGAAACAAUCACCUUAACCUCAACCACGGGAAAACCUGUGUCUCUUAAAGGCAUUGUGUUUGGUUGUGGACAUAACGACACGGGGGGUUUUAAUGAUCAUGAGAUGGGUAUCAUAGGACUAGGAGGAGGGUCAGUGUCUUUCAUUUCUCAAAUAGGUUCUUCCCUUGGAGGGAAGAGAUUUUCCCAAUGCUUGGUUCCAUUCCACACUGACCCUAGUGUUUCUAGCAAAAUGAGUUUUGGAAAAGGGAGUGAAGUGUUAGGGGAAGGAGUGGUUUCUACACCUUUGGUUGCUAAGCAAGAUAAGACCCCCUAUUUUGUUACCUUACUAGGCAUUAGUGUGGGAAAUAACUAUUUGCAUUUUAAUGGUUCUUCAAACAUUGUUGCAAAGGGUAACAUGUUUCUUGAUUCAGGGACUCCCCCAACUAUUUUACCUACCCAAUUGUAUGAUCAAGUUGUGGCUCAAGUGAAAAGUCAGGUUGCGUUGAAACCUGUUACCGAUGACCCUAGUUUGGGCCCCCAACUUUGCUAUCGGACCAAGACUAAUCUUGAUGGGCCUUUGCUAACGGCCCAUUUUGAAGGUGCAAAUGUGACAUUGAAGCCUAUUCAAACCUUCAUUUCGCCUAAAGAUGGAGUUUUCUGCUUGGGGUUCACCAACACUAGUAGUGAUGGAGGGGUUUAUGGUAACUUUGCGCAAUCAAAUUACUUGAUUGGAUUUGAUCUAGAAAGACAAGUGGUCUCUUUCCAACCAACAGAUUGCACCAAACACAAAUAGAGUUACGCGUAAGCCCUACUAUAAAAGUAUCUAUGUAGUGCGGUUCUUGAUUCACAUAUGAAUCAUGGAUUUUGCUUAAAGAGAAGAUUUCCAAAAGUUUCAAUUUAUUCACAAGAUAUCCAUUCCAUCUUA